AGCUAUUUUUAGAUGUUUCGUAAUAUGUAUAAAGUCCUAUUGGUAGAAAUGUGAAAAGGUAAGAAUUUACAAAAUUAAUCCUAAAUAGAAUUACAAAUCAUCUAUACAUGUACUAUGUAAAGAUAUAUAUUGAUUUAUAAAGAAAUAAUUUGUAAUUACACCAAUUCAAAAUCGUAAGUGUUUUUAUUGUUUACAUUUACCGAACGGUAAUAAAACGAAAAUGGAUACACCGAAAGUGUAUUUUUAUGUACAUGUAAUCGCGAAAUAUGGAAUUCAUUAAGCGUAAAGACUUUUCGUUGGACACCAAAGGAAUGUUUUAAACAAUUUCGAAUACAACAUGAAAGGCAUUUUUUAUCAUUGUGAUUUGAAAUAAUUUGAGUGUAAACUAUGUUUUAAAUACAUUUUCAUAUGGUGAAUCUAAAAACAUAGACAAAGGAGAGGAGUUUACAAUAAUUAAAUGUUUGUUUACGUUUAACAGAGUUACAGUAAUUGAUAAAGAACAAUAGAGUGGCAUAGUCGUAUUAUAUAACCUCUUCGACACUGAAACAAAUACCGAUAUGGAGGUUCAAGAACACAAACACGACCCUGAGUCAAAUUUCGAUUGUCUUGUUCAUCAAGUUGAGGAACAAUCCGAGUUUUGUGAUCUUACAGUCACAAUAGGUGAUUGGGUAAGUUAACAAAAGUCUAAAUACAUAUCAUGCAUUUGUUGUUCCAAAUUUAUCUAAACGUCAUUUGCCACAAUAUGCUUAUCAUUAAGUUGACUUUAAUUUUCAGAGAAAGAGAUUUCAUAGAUGUGUGCUAACUGCAAGUCUGCUAUUUCGUUCCAUAAUAGAAACACAAAUUGCGGACUCGAAAAUAGGCAACUAUGAUGGGAAAACUGACAGAAAACAGGAUACGGAAAUUGAGAUAAAGAUUAAGAUGUCCCCUGAUAUUGUGCAGAUGGCAGUCAUGUUUAUGUAUGGAAAGAUUCCUGAAUUUACUAUCGUGAAUAUAGGUGACCUACUAGAAUUAGCAGAAUACCUCAAAAUAAAAGAGCUUAAGGAUGCCUGUAUAGAUUGGUUUGAUUCUGUAGAUUAUUCAGACAUAAACUGCAUCUACGUUAUACAACUAUCGAAAAAGUUUGAUUUCGAAAUAUUUGCAUGUAUCGAAUAUAUCGAAAGUCACAUACCAGAAACAUUUCAACACAAUGAUGCUGCUGAUCUUCCAAACGAUUUAGUUCACCGUCUUUUCACUGAUGAAAGAUUUUCGUACGUUCAAAUAGACGACAAAUUAAACUUCCUAGUAAAAUUGGCAAAUACUUAUCCUAAUGAGUCGACGAAAGACUUUGUUAUCAAAUUGUUUGAAACACUUGACUUAUCGGAAGUAACGCUGUCAGCUUGGGAAACCGUUAAAGAAGAUGUAAUGUUAAAUAAGAUACUCAAUUUAGAAACUAAAGUGAGACAGACUGACCAAAAAUGUUCCAGAAAUUAUGUGCUGUUAAUGUCUUCUGGUGGCAAUUAUUUUGUGGGAUUAGAUCUACGCAAUGAUCGUUGGUGCAGGCUAAACUCCAUUUACUACGACCAAUAUCCUUACGAAGAAUUAUGGGAAGAAAUUGCUGGUGUAAGAAAUGAUAACCCCGAAUUGUAUUUUGUCGAAGAAGAUGAUUCUGCUGAGGAAAAUGUAAAACAUGUAAUCACUGUUGACCUCUGUUCUAAUGAGAUAGAUAGAUUCACGACAUAUGUAGAAUUUGAGGAGGUUCAAAAUGGACAUAUUGUUGAUUUCGACUUCACACAUGUGAAUAUCACAAAUGACAGUGUGGUUGGAAUAGUUAAUAAAACUGUGCGCAUCAAUGAAGAUUCUGAAGAUUCUAGUAGUUCAGAGAGUGAAUCUGAAUGUGUCUGUUCAUGUCGCGAGAGGGAAAAUCAAAAUGAUAUCACAAGUGUCAGAGAGGCACAUUUAUCCCCUGAAAUUAUUUCGGAUAGGAGUGUAAAUAAUAUUUCGUGCGCGACAGAUACACCGGAAAGAUCUGUAAGUGUUAGAUCCUCAAAUUCUUCAUCAAGGUCGUCAUCCGUGACAGCAAAUGGACAAGAAGGUACAAUCAACUUUACCACCGUUUACGUUGUAGAAACUCAAGACGAAGAUUUUGAAAUGCGUUCACUUUUUUCCUUUCGGAAAGAAAAGAUAACUCAAAUAUGUAUGAAUAAUCAGUCUGUCUUGGGUUUACUGGCCAAAACAAAGAAGCGUUUACAUGUAAUCCUGUAUGAUCUAGUCCAGUGUAAGAUGGACCGGAUAUUUUCAUUAUUCAGGCAGAAAGAUAAGUACAAAAUUUGUCCGACUAAACAUGGAUUUCUUUUGCAUAACAAUACAAGUUGUUACUGUUUUACGAAAGCAGGGAAUUAUAAGGUCGAGAAAUUUAUGCUCGAAAAUAGGGAUGAGUGGAUGGUGAAGUAUCUGUUUCAAUGUGGAGUUUGGAUCAGAGUCUUACGCAGAAGCGUGCAUCAUGAUAUCGAGCUUCAGUACAUUGUUCAUGAGGAAUUAGCAGAUUAUCAUUCUUCAAUCGAUGUUAACUGGAGGAAUGUGUCAAUGCCCAAAGAUAAGAGACUAUUCGAGAAAAUUUUAAACUUAAAGAAUAUUUUCAUAGUUUCUCUUUCAAAAAGUAAACUUCGGUGUAAUAUUGAAUGUCCGCAUUGCAAGUUCUCGGACAAGUCAGAUUAA